UAAUGUUUUAGCACGAGUGUACAUGAGUUUUGCGUUUGAAACUUUGACUUUUGUUAUGACUUUGAUAUUAAUCCAUAUUUUAACAGGUCACUCUGCGUGUGCAUCCACCACAUUACUGUUGCAGUAUUCUGACAUUCAUGGCAGGGUACGAGUGACAUCAGGCAGUUGCGUAGCCUACAUCACAGUAGGCAAUUUGCACGUCAUUGUUCAUGAUUAAAUGGCCAUAAUUGCAUUGCAGACAAAUUCAAACAUCAGUGCUGGUAUGGUAGAAAAGAGUGCUCUUAAAAUGUGAAUGAACAUCACCGAUUAAGUUCCCCACUGCCUCCCAAAUUGUGGUAAGACAGUCCAUGUACCCAUAAUGCAAAGCAAAGCUAAGUAGCGCCUAGCCGAGCAAGUGAAGAGAAUAGAAAACAACAACAGCGUGAUCCAACCUCAACAACUGGUAGGCUAACUAGGCCAGCUACAUGGACUACGGUAACGAUUUAAAGUUCAACGAACAGACUAUUCUUAUCUGCUUAAAUUGCUCUCUUUCUGGAUAAUGUGGGUAGUUUUACUGGUGUAAUCGCAUGUGACUUAGUACUCACACGGUUUCAUUGAGUAGAUUAGAACAAUUUUGAGAUACUGCUCGCGGGCUAGCUUGCUAUCGAGGUCUCUAUGUUUGAGAAUCUUCCGGCGGCAGCGGAGGCAGCAGCAGCGGUGCCAUGAAUAGUGGACUCCCAGCCUCGGCUGCUCCGCUUGGGAGUGUUGGAAUUCCUAAUGUCAAGGUGAAGUUCUGUCGAUAUUAUGCGAAGGACAAAACUUGCUUCUAUGGAGACGAAUGCCAGUUUUUGCACGAGGAUCCGUCCAUGGCGAGCUUGUCUAUGCACGGUGGCGGUGGAAGCCCAGUCCCUUUAUCCAUUGCAGGGGGAGCCGUGACUGCAGCAGCGGGAUAUGCUCUUGGUGGAAACACGGCAGCUUGCCAGGGUGGUGGGGCACCCAGUGUACCCAAAAAGAGCGAGUCCCUUGGGCCUGCUGGAACAGCUCUUGAAGGACAGCUGUUAACUAUACCAGUACCAGGGAUGGAGGGAAAUACCCUGAGCGAUGCCAAUCUGACCAACUCCUACUUCAGCAGCAGCUUUAUCGGGGUAAAUGGCUUUGGGAGUCCCGCAGAACCCAAAUAUUCUAUGAUGCAGAGGAUGACCACCAGCAGUAGUUCUCCCAGCCUCCUGAAUGAUGGUGCCAAGCCCUUCAGCCACAGCGCUCACGAUCCAGUCAACUCGCCCACCUCCUCUCUUUUCAGUGACUUUGGUGCUUUAAGUAUAUCACAAAGGAGGAAGCAGGCUCCUAACCCAGCAGCCAGUGAGUUCAUCCCAAAGGGAGCCCCACGGAUGGCCUCCAUGUCCCAGCCAGCUGUCCAGGCGUUCCCCUCCCCCCUUUUCCCUCACCCGGUGAUGAGCACUGCCACUGCGGCCGCCCUUGCCCCUGGAAUGUCUCUCUCUGCUGGGUCGUCUCCGCUCCACUCCCCAAAAAUCACGCCCCACACUUCCCCUGCGCCUCGCCGCCGCAGUCAUACCCCCAAUCCCAAUCCCAAUCCCAACCCUGCCAAUUACAUGGUGCCCACCAGUGCAUCCGACCAGGGGUGCUCCCCCAUCAUCCAGAAGGAGACUGUAGGUGGGACCACCUACUUCUACACUGACAACACCCCCGCUCCCAUGGCAGGGAUGGUAUGUUCCUCUGUAAAGUUUUCCCACUGUUGUAACUUUGUGUUUUUCAUAUGUACUUUAUUGGGUGGUAUUUUGGUACACCAGGGUAUUUAGAAAUCCCGAAUCCCAGACACUCCCCUUUCAAUUAUCACUUGCAGGCAGGACUAAUAAUUGAAUAUAAUUCACGGCUUUCACAUUCAUACUACUUUAGUUUGAAGAUUGGUUAACUACGUUUCUCAAGCACACACCAU